AUGCAUCAGAACGACGAGAUCUUUGCCCGGGGCGACAAGUUCUGGGACAAUUACCUCCGCGGCCGGCCGCGGGUGCCCAACUCCUUCUUCGCCCGCAUCUUCGAGUACCACCAGGCGAAGGGCGGAACUUUCGGCACGGUGCACGACGUCGGGGCGGGCAACGGGCCGUACGCGGCGGUCCUGCGGACGCGGUUCGACCACGUCAUCGUCUCGGACGUUGUGGCCGAGAACGUCGAGCUGGCGCGCGAGCACCUCCGCGGCAAGGACGGAUUCAGCUUCCGCGUCUCGCGGCUGGAAGAGGCCGACGACAUAGCCGCCGGCAGCGUCGACAUGAUCUUUGCGACUAACGUGAUGCACUUUGCCGAGCCCCAGGACGCCGCCAUGGCCACGCUCGCGCGCCAGCUGCGGACCGGCGGGACCUUUGCGGCCGCCGCGUUCGGGCCCGCCCGCUUCUACAACGCGAGAUUGCAGGAUCUCUGGGCCCGCAUCAGCCACCAGGGCGGCCGCGAGCUCCUCUCGACGGCUGAGAAGCCCGACCGGACGGCCCGGAUCAUGGCUCGCACCCAGGAGACGUACAAUGUGGCGCCCACAGAUUCAGCCCUCUUUCGCCCAGGCACCCGGCGGAUCAAUAUCAACAUGGGCCAGGGAGGCAUUCAAGGGAUCCUUCCCCCGGAAGAGGCGCACCGAAACACGGAGCCCAGCCAUGUUGGGCCAGACGACGUCGAGACAUGGGAGGAGGAGCUGGAAGGCUGGGGCUUCGAGACGGACCUGGCCGGGGUCAAGGAGCACUUUGGCUCGUUUCCCUUCGUGUCUCAAUUCCCCGAGCCCCUGGCGGAUCUGUACAAGGAGCUGGACGAGCUCCUUGCAGAUGGGAAGCGCGUGCGGGGCUAUUAUCCUGUCAAAUUGAUUCUAGCAACACGGGCUUAA